AUGAAACCGAGAAGAAGGAAGGCGGCUCUCGCACCCGCCAGCUGCGAGGACUCUGAUGCCCCGUCCCCCGAGACGGACAGCGAGACCAGCCCGGCGGUGCUGCCUGGGGGAGAAGCACGGCCGACCAAACGCAGUUGCGUGGGCGGAUCCUGUGGCAAAAGGUCGUCAGAGGCAAACCGGAGAGACGACCACACCGUCGAAGAAAUGGAGGAGGAAGUGGUGGUGGAGGGUCCCGAACCGCCCCCGCCCGGAAAUCCAGAGUACACCAGUAGGUUGAGAAAGAAGGAUGGCAAGCGUGAGGGAUCGGAACCAAACAACAAUGGCCAAGAAAGGGGAGGAAAAGAAGGAGAGGGAAGCGACGCAAGCAACGCUAGCGAAAACACUGACGGUGAGGGGGCGUGCGUCGACAAGGGCUUGCCAUUCUCCGACGCGCGGACCCCGCCACUGAAAGGUGGCGAGGAUGAGGGUGGCAACGCGGAGGAAGGAGGGAAGGAUGAACUAAGCGAGGAUGAGCGAGACGAACUCGAGAAGAUCAGCAGGAAAUCACCAGGGAAUAUGAAAGAAGCGGGCGGGGCGCGGGCGGGAGUCAUCUCCCAGUACGAGCUGGAGCGCUUGGAACGGAUCAAGAGAAACCAAGCCUUCAUGGCCACGCUCGGGCUUGCGACCGCCAAACCCCUCGCUGCCUCCGCCGCGACUUGGAGCGAAGGCACGAAGGGACGCAGCCAGAACAAGAACAGGAGCAGGCCUGUGAGUCGUUCCCGGGAGAAAGCUUCUACGGUGGUGCCGGUUCGCCGGUCUGCUAGGGCCAGGGGAGCCGAGGCUGUGGACUACAACGAGGACAAGCAGGCAAUCAACGCCAUUGCGACAGCGGCGCGAGCAGCCGCGGCAGCGCCAGCAGAGCCCGAACCUAUCCUCGAGGAGAUCGACUUCGAUGAUUCCACCGUCUUCAAGUACCUUUGUGGGACCGAGGCUAACGAUAAGGAUGGGGGUGGCAACGAUAGUUCGGCCGAAGCGCCAAACACAGCCGCCGCCGCCGCCGCCGCCCAAACUGCAGCUGCACGGGCAGGUACAGGGGCAGCAUCAGCAGGGGCGACGGUCGUGGGUCUGCGAGUUAUCGAUCCUGACUACCCGCUGUCCGCAUCCGGGCUUUCCACGAUCUACACAAUGCAUUUUUGUGGCGCAAAGGCCGCGGGCGGCGGUGGCGGUGGAAGGGGAGCGGCAGCUUUGCCGCCGUUGCUGGCGGCGGGGGGCAAAGGAGGUGUCGUUGCGCUGUUUUCCACGCGGCGGCAACGACAGACGGACCACCUCGAAAGCCACGGCAACGGCAAAGAGGAAGAAGAGGAAGACGAGCGAACUCUCAUGAACUUCAAGGCACACAAGGGCUGGGUUUCCGCGGUGCGUUUCCUGGAAGGCGGAGGGGCGGGGGCGGGGGUGGGGGGUUGCCGUUUGCUGACGUCGGCGAAUGACUCUGUGGUAAACCUGUGGGACACCUCGAAGCAACACCGCGGCUCGCCCAGGCUCUUAAGCACCAUGGACGACCUCCACCCCACCCGCAAGGGCAUCUUUGCCAUGGACUCCCACGGCACGCGCGUGGCUACGGGUUCUAAAGACACCACGGUGGCCAUCGCAUCUCUCGGCCCUACGGGGAUCGAGCACGACAGGGUGCUCGGAGACCCUGGCGGAAGCGAGGCGUUUCACGAGAAGGUCGUCAAGGGGGUCAGCUUGCGGGACGAGAACACGGUCGCCUCUUGCGGAGACGACUCGAACGUUCGCGUGUCCGACCUGCGGUCCUCUUCAUCCUUCGGGGUCUCUCAACGGCUGGACGGCGUGCACGGCGGCCGGGCCUGCCACACUGUUCGUUGGCACCCUCUCGAUGAUAACCUGCUCCUUUCGGCAGGGCUGGACUCGACGGUCAACCUCUACGACCUGCGGCGCUUGGCGGCCCCCCUGCACGUGUUCCGAGGACACUGCCCCUACGCCCUUGCCAGGCCCAAGGCCAUUCACCGACCGGAGUUCUUGCCGUCCGGGGGAGGCGACCGCGUGAACAUCAUCACUUGCGGCGAGAGGUCUGAAAAUAUCUCCAUGUACGACGCCGGCAGCGGGGGCACGGUUAGCCGGGGGCUGCUCGGGGACGAGGCGUCCGCCUUGGCAGUCGGCAUCGCUGAUUGGUCGAAAGGUUCGCCGGAAGCGGCCGGGAUCGCCGCGGCCCUUCCCGGGGGGAGCGUGGUCUUACUUGAGCCGGUGUGGGGGAGUUAAAGAAGCUGGCUUGUCUUCAGAAGCAACAGCACCGCUUUAGCAAGGCCGCCGACGAAGUGGGGCGCCGUUUUUUUGCUAGGUAACGGCCAGUGAAGCAGGAAUCGACGGGUCUUGUUUGCGGCGCAUGGCGAACCUUGCAGCUAUUUUUGUUGUGGCGGAGAUCCUGUUUGUUUGGACACGUGUUUACGCGCGGCUGACAACGCGGACCUCAUUCGGACCAAAGGGGAAUUUCACUCGUUAGAAUCUAAGCCCUUGCGACGUACUGUACUCCACAACAUUUCCGGCGCUCUACUUGCUUUCGAAGCAAGCCUCUUUUCACCGAGUUCGGCGAAAGCAGAGGCCCGGAUUCUACUGAUUUUCGAUUUUGAAACGCUUUCAAGCACCUGCAUAUUGCUAGAGACCCACAUACACGUGGGCAAAAGCCGUCGAAUCGAUCACAUCGACGAGUAGGGUUUAUGGCGCAAGAGCUGCACUGAAUCAGUCGCUCGUAGGCACGCACAUGGGCUUUGCGUUGCGGGUAUGAUUGCACAAAAGGCGGCUCUGAGUGAUCGGGUGACUGAUUUGCUUCUGUCUUGCGGGGUUCUUCUGACGCAUGUUCUGCCGUGUGGAUGUGUGUGCGCCGUAUCUCUUGUAACUUUCUUUGACAGCGUUUUAGAGUGCCCUCGUGUCGUUUCUUUUGCAGCGUUUAAAGACAGGACGGUUACCACAGACAGCGGUGAAUAGCCGAUUUUUAAACCCAACAAGAAUCCCGAUUUGCUGUUGGGGAAUCCCCGCACACGCAGUGUACUACCUCCAUCUUGCCCUUGAUGUAGGUGAGUGCUGGCUCUCAGGUGCCGAGAGUUGGAAUAAGAAUGUUCAACAAGAGUGG